AGCCUCAAGCAGCCGUCCUUGACAUCCGGUGGAGCCUUCUGUGAACAUACUGGCGGGAGUGGGUAUUUAUCCUCUCGUAAUUAAAUAGUAAAGCCGAUUUUAGGAAUCUUUCGAACUUUGUUUUGCAGUUUAAUUCUUCAAUGAAAAGCUUUCUGAGUCAAACCUACCAGAUAGAUUCCUUAAUUGCAUUAAGAAAGCAGUUGCGUGUGUAACUACACCCGAGACUCAUUUUAACAGCGAUCAACGACAAUAAAUGCCCACAGCUGGCUGUCUAGCUAACACUACUCAGACCCUCGACCCAUGCAGUUAAACAUAAUAAACCCUGUCGGCGUAAAGUUAGCAAGUUAAUUUGCGGUAAAAGUAUUUGGCGUUUCCGGGAUCAAAAGGAACUAGACCUGAAAAUUUGGAGGGACAUUUAACUUGCCACCAUUCGAAGAUAGCUGGUUUGCUAGCUAGCUAUUUUGUAACAGUUCGUCGGUCUGCUGGUCGCAGCUGUAAUGGCGAAGGUACAAGUGCUAAACGUUGCGGUUCUGGAUAAUCCGAGUCCUUUUGGAAACCCCUUCCAGUUCGAGAUCACGUUCGAGUGCAUGGAAGAUCUGCCCGAAGAUUUGGAGUGGAAGAUCAUUUACGUGGGUUCGGCAGAGAGCGAGGAGUACGAUCAGACUCUGGACUCCGUCCUCGUGGGUCCGGUUCCUGCUGGAAGGCAUAUGUUUGUGUUUCAGGCAGACGCGCCAAACACAGCGUUGAUCCCGGAGAGCGACGCGGUGGGCGUGACCGUAGUGCUGAUCACCUGCACCUAUCGCAGGCAGGAGUUCAUUCGCAUCGGUUACUACGUCAACAACGAGUACACGGAACCCGAGCUGCGGGAGAACCCGCCCAUCAAACCGGAUUACGCACAGCUCCAGAGGAACAUACUGGCAUCCAACCCACGUGUCACACGUUUCCACAUCAACUGGGAAGGCUGCCCUGAGAGGAUGGAGGACUCUGAGAAUGUGGACCCCGCCCCCAACACCAUGCUUCCCCCCUCUUGCCCUCCUGGCAAAGCCCCAUCCUUAAACCUGAUGCCCGAUAACUCUAUGGACUGUUUAUAGGAAAACAUCUGCCAACACAACUAGGCAUGCACAGGCACAACAUCUAUGUGCCCACACACACCCUACACAGCCAUGCAGACACACAAGCACUCUCACACAAUUGCAGCACUUAACAUUCUGUGGCUUUAAAGCCCUGUCUGUCAUCAGGUUGGUGGGGCCUGGUCCUCCAUACCUGCAGGGGGCAGAGCCCUCCACAGAGGAUAGAAUCUGGACUACAGCCUAAUGCAUCUGCUGUCAGUACACACAGUAAUUUGAUUCCUUUCAGUGAAUUGAGCCCAUUUUUCUAUUUUAAGAAGAAAGUCUAAAGCUUUUAUUUUGUUUAAUUUACUGUAAUUGUAGGAAGAUCCCAAAUGAAGGAUUACGAUGAAUGGGUGUCUGUGUGUCUGUCUGCCUGCCUGCCUGCCUGUGUUAAUUCACCAGCCACAACCCAAACAAUCAUGGGUUAACUCUUUCCAACCUAUCUGUAAUAAUCAGUGGUCAAGUCGACCGUUGAAUUGCAGUUUGUCUGCUUUUUACUGAUUGGAUCGCCAGGCCGUGCAGCGGUAGGGGAAGUAAGCUGUGUGCAUUGUGGGAUAGGCAUCUGUACACUGAAUGGGGGGGGGGGGGUAUUCCAGGUGGGUUGGGUGGGGCUAGGGGAGCGUGAUGAAGGUAGGAGUUUGAACCCUCUUUCUUCUGCAACCCUCCCCUCCCUUUUUUUGGGGGGUGACCCUCAAAGGGCUUCCAUACCUGUGUUAUGUUUCUGGGUUAGUGUCGUGACACCUGGGUUCAGUGGGUCAUGCUGUUGUCAGGAGCUCAGAACCACACACCGGUGCUGGCAUUUUGGGGUUGGCUAACUGAGAACAGAUCUUUGGGGGAAGAGAUGCUUCAUUUUUUUUUUUUUUUUUUUGUGUAUUCUGUAUAUACAGACCUUUUUUGUAAUGUGCUGUAUUGUAGUGAAAAAUAAGCUUUAUAAAAUCUUAACACAAUGAAAAUAAAAUAUUUGUUUUUGUUUUAA